AUGCAGGCCGCCGCCGCCUUCAACCGGGCAGCGUUCACCGCCCGCCCGCUGCAUCGCCCCCCAAGGCCCCUCCUUCACCUAGCUGGGGCGGAGGAUGCUUUGGCGGGAAGAAGAGGCGCGCCCCUGACACGGCCCCGGUGCUCCGGGAGCCUCUCCGUCGGCGUCAGCAGCUACGGCAGCGAGCACACUCCAGUAUUUCCAAGACAACAAUCAUGGGAUCCCUACAAGCUUCUUGGUGUUGAUCAUGAUGCAUCUGAAGAAGAGGUCCAGAGUGCACGGAAUUUUCUUCUAAAACAAUACGCUGGAUAUGAAGAAAGUGAAGAGGCAAUUGAAGGUGCUUAUGACAAGAUAAUAAUGAAUAGCUACUCACACCGUAAGAAAUCCAAAAUCAAUCUGAAAAGCAAGUUAAAAAAGCAAGUUGAAGAAUCCCCUUCAUGGCUUAAGGCACUGCUUGGAUACUUUGAGGUGCCAUCACUAGAGCUCAUUUCAAGGAGAUUUGCUUUUUUUGCAUUCUUUGCUGGGUGGAGCAUUGCAACUUCUGCUGAGACUGGGCCUACCUUUCAGCUUGCUCUGUCACUCGUCGCAUGCGUAUACUUCCUCAACAAGAAGAUGAAGAAUCUUGUCAGGGCGUCCACCACAGGGCUCGGAGUCUUUGUGGGUGGUUGGAUCUUGGGUUCUUUUCUUGUUCCAGUGAUCCCAGCUUUCAUCAUCCCGCCUACAUGGUCCCUUGAGCUCCUUACUUCGCUGACGGCUUAUGUUUUCAUGUUCUUGGGUUGCACUUUCCUCAAGUGA